UAACCAUCUGAGCCACCCAGGCGCCCGAGUGUUGUGUUUUAAUAUCGUUAAUUCACUAAGCAUUUGGGGGCCCACUGAGCGCCAGGCCCUCGGGCCUGUGUAGGCAAUAAGACGAACUGGGCCCUCUCCAGGGGAGACAGUGGGGAACAGAUGACAAAUGUUAAGUUCAUAGUGGGACAUGAAGGAGGGAAGGGGGCUGCUGGGGACUCUGGGGAGACCUGCCUGUGCCUCUCCCGCCCCCAGUGUCCCUUCCCUGACUCCCUGUCCUCAGACUGCAUCCAGGUGGACCCCCCUGAGAGACCCCUUGUGCCCCCCAGUGAUGAUCUCUCCCUCUCGGACAGCAGCACCAGUUACAAGAACCUCACGCUCAAAUUCCACAAGCUGAUCAACGUCACCAUCCACUUCCAGCUGAAGACCAUCAAUCUUCAGAGCCUGAUCAACAAUGAAAUUCCUGACUGCUACACCUUCAGUGUCCUGAUCACUUUCGACAAUAAGGCGCACAGUGGGCGUAUCCCAAUCAGUCUGGAGACCCAGGCCCACAUCCAGGAGUGUAAACACCCCAGCGUCUUCAGGCAUGGAGACAACAGCUUCCGGCUCCUGUUCGAUGUGGUCGUGAUCCUCACCUGCUCCUUCUCUUUCCUGCUGUGUGCCCGCUCGCUGCUGCGUGGCUUUCUGCUGCAGAACGAGUUUGUUGGGUUCAUGUGGCGGCAGCGGGGACGGGUCAUCAGCCUCUGGGAUCGGCUGGAAUUUGUCAAUGGCUGGUACAUCCUGCUGGUCACCAGCGAUGUGCUCACCAUCUCGGGCACCAUCAUGAAGAUUGGCAUUGAAGCCAAGAACCUGGCGAGCUACGACGUCUGCAGCAUUCUCCUGGGCACCUCCACGUUGCUCGUCUGGGUCGGCGUCAUCCGCUAUCUGACCUUCUUCCAUAAGUACAAUAUUCUCAUUGCCACACUGCGGGUGGCCCUGCCCAGCGUCAUGCGUUUCUGCUGUUGUGUGGCUGUCAUCUACUUGGGCUAUUGCUUCUGUGGCUGGAUCGUGUUGGGCCCCUACCAUGUGAAGUUUCGCUCGCUGUCCAUGGUGUCGGAGUGCCUGUUCUCGCUCAUCAAUGGGGACGACAUGUUCGUGACGUUUGCCGCAAUGCAGGCUCAGCAGGGCCGAAGCAGCCUCGUCUGGCUGUUCUCCCAGCUCUACCUCUACUCCUUCAUCAGCCUCUUCAUCUACAUGGUGCUGAGCCUGUUCAUCGCGCUCAUCACUGGAGCCUACGACACCAUCAAGCACCCAGGCGGUGCUGGCGCAGAGGAGAGCGAGCUCCAGGCCUACAUUGCUCAGUGCCGGGACAGCCCCACCUCCGGCAAGUUCCGCCGCGGGAGCGGCUCGGCCUGCAGCCUCCUCUGCUGCUGCGGCAGGGACGCCUCGGAGGAGCAUUCGCUGCUGGUGAAUUGACUCGGACCCGCCACUGCUACUGGACAUUAGCCCUCCGACUGCGGAGACUCACGCUUAUUUAUUUUUAGGGUUUGCUUUUAAGGACCGGUUCCCUGCUGCGCCCUGAGGACCUGGCCCAGUCGGGUCGGACACGGGUGGGACAGGGCUGGGGUGGGUGUUAAAUAAACGGGAAAAUAAACUUGUUCUCGUUUCUA